AUGACAGCCGUCCCAGAAACAAUCCUCCACGCCCUCUCCCUGCCAAAAGACCCAUCAAAGGUCACCCUCUCCACAUCCGGCCUAGGCUCCGGCUUCACGAGCACAGGCGCAAUCCGCGCCAAAGUGCCCGGAGCAAACGGCGAAGAAGAACGCCGCUACUUCAUAAAAACCUCCGCAGACGGCAAAGCCGCCGAAGAAAUGUUCCGCGGCGAAUACGAAUCGCUAAAUGCCAUCGCGGGCUCCGUACCAGGUUUCUGCCCUAAAGCACUAGCCUGGGGCCCACUGGAAGAAGGGCAGACGAAGAAGUACUUCCUCGCGACGGAAUUCCUCGAUCUCGGCGCUCGGUCUCGCUCAGAUGAGAGCAGCGCAAGCUCGCUGGCGGCUCGAUUGGGGAAGUUACAUUCCACGCCUGCACCGCCGGACCCUAGCACCGGUCGUCGACGAUUCGGAUUCCCCGUCCCCACCUUUUGCGGGGAUACGAAGCAGCCGAAUCGGUUCUAUGAUAGCUGGGCUGAUUUUUAUGCGAAUGAGCGACUGCUGACGAUCCUGUCGACGUCUGAAGAGCGGAAUGGGAAGGAUGCUGGCUUGCGUGAUCUCGUCGAGAAGACUGCCUACGGCGUUGUGCCGCGGCUACUUGGGGACCAGCAUUUGGGGUAUAAGGACGGAAAAGGGGAGGGCAUUAUUCCUGUUGUUAUUCAUGGUGAUUUGUGGAGUGGGAAUGCGGAUCGGGGGAAGAUUGUUGGUGCGGGGGGUGAGGAUAAGGUUGGGGAUGUGGUUUAUGAUCCGUCUGCUUGUUAUGGGCAUAGUGAGUUCGAGUUGGGGAUUAUGCAUAUGUUUGGUGGGUUUGGGAGUCGGUUUUUUGAGCAGUAUCAUCGGGUUGUGCCGAAGACGGAGCCUGUGGGGGAGUAUGAGGAUCGGGUUAGGUUGUAUGAGUUGUAUCAUCAUUUGAAUCACCAUGCUAUCUUUGGUGGUGGGUAUCGCUCUGGUGCGAUGUCGAUUAUGCAGAAGUUGGUGAGGAAGUAUGGGAAUGGGGAGUAA